CCUGUGGAAUUAUGCCAAGCAACCAAGUUCAAAGAGGGACCCCAAGCUAAACCUAUCACUAGCGGCAGCCAAAACCCAGCUCGUCCAUCCUCUCAAUCUCGCCACAUGAACAACAUCGGCUCAUUAAACCCACUUCCAUCUCACUCCUUUCUCCAUCGCAACCCGAUCGGUGACAAUAGCAGCCACACCAGCCCAAUCCCCAUCUCUCCUUCUCAAUUCCGCGGUGUAUCACAACCUGCAAUCUCCACGGCUAUCGAUCGACUAGUGAAGGAGAAGGACGAACGCGGGUAGGCCAUAUCCAAAACGUCGACGAUGAUGGUUUAUUUCAUCUAAUUAUGAUGUUAAGAGGGAAGUGAAGUUUGGGUCCCAUGGAAUUAAGCGGCUGAAUGGGGGAAGCCGCUAUGCUUAUGUAUCUAACAGCUGGGGCAUGGGCGAGCGGGGACACAAAAAGGAAGAGGCUUCUGGACCUGGAGGGAUACCCAGCAAUAGUCCGAGAAUCCGUGAGAGAGAGGGAGAGAAGCGCUCAACAAUGGACGAAGCAGCUAGCGGAGCAAGGUUGCCAAGGCGUGGUGGUGGUUUGGAUCAUUUGUCCACUAGUGGCAGUGAAUUGGAUUAGAGCUCAUGUAAUGGUGGGGAUAUGGCUGAGCAAGCCUGUAACGAACAAGUGGAGGGAAAUCCUCAGUAGCUGAUUCAAUACGAUAAGGUUGAGCGCAAGUUUGAAGAGAAAGAGCUAGAGGAGUAGUUAGAGAGCAUCAAGAGUGAAAGAAACGUUUCGAGGGGAGCCAACUGGAGGAGAAUGGUACGAGCAUCGCGGAGGACGUCAGCGAUCGGAUCGGAGCAAGCAUCCGCAGGGACUUCUAGUUAUUGUACUUUAUGUUUAGUAGUAAGACUGGAGAUUAAGGUUUGAGUUGCCUAUGUGUUAGGGCGUUUCUUUGAACUACAAGAAAGUGAUUUCAGUAUUUUUUUUUAUGAAAAAAUUUUCCGCUCUUUUUAGCGACUUUGGUUCUUGAGUAUUUUCAGUUUAACAAGGGUAUUUUGGUAAAAGUAGUACCCGGCCGGGUUAGGGUGUUACACCAAUCCUGUCACUUAUAUAAGUUAACCCAUUCCUUUUAUAUUGCUUUUAAUUUCUCCACUUCAGAACCUCCCCCACCUUUGUCCCAAAAACCCACGAGAAUGGCAUUCCCUAAUCAAUAAACCAAGUUAACGCCGCCACUCCGCCUCUCUCUCAAUUUGUUUCUUGGCCGGGUGCUUAUGUAUAUUUUUUAUUAAUUAAUAAUAAUAAUUUUUAUCAUUA